GGAUGCGCAAUGUUCAGCGGAUAACACCCCUCGAAAAUCAAACAGCAAUGGCUACCUCCGCAGCAACACCUAAUUCGCUCUCCUUCUUCUCUUCCUCUUUCUUCCUCUCCUCCCCUCGCCAACUCCCCAGAAAGUCUGUCUCCGUCAAAACGUCAAGAAGAUCCCUUUCCAUCACCUCUGAGCUCGUGACUCUCCCCAUUUUAUCCUUCACCGGCGACAAAAUAGGUGAGACAUACCUUGACCUCAAGUCGGCGCCUCCGGAGACCGCCCGCCCCGUUGUUCACAGAGCAAUCCUCGCAGACCAACAGAACAAGCGCCGCGGCACUGCUUCCACGCUAACUCGGAGUGAGGUCAGAGGCGGUGGCAAGAAACCGUACCCCCAAAAGAAGACGGGUCGGGCUCGACGUGGGUCCAUGCGCACUCCACUCCGUCCUGGAGGUGGCGUGAUCUUCGGACCCAAGCCUAAGGACUGGUCCAUCAAAAUCAACAAAAAGGAGAAAAGAUUGGCCAUUUCCACUGCAUUGUCCAGUGCUGUGGAAAGCACCAUUGUUGUGGAGGAUUUUGGGGAGAAUUUUGAAAAACCGAAGACGAAAGAGUUCAUUGCAGCAAUGAAUAGGUGGGGAUUGGAUCCUAAGGAAAAGUCCAUGUUUUUGAUGAUGGAGGUGCCAGAGAAUGUGAUGUUGUCGAGCAGGAAUAUUGGGACUUUGAACAUGUUGACGCCUAGAACGCUUAAUUUGUUCGAUAUUUUGGAUUCUGAUAAGUUGGUGUUGACACCGGCUACAGUGGAUUACUUGAAUGGAAGGUACGGGGCGGAGUACGAGGACAGUGAGGAGGAUGAAGAGGAAGAAGAUGGAGAAGGAACAGAGGCAGAAAAGAAUACUGAUGCAGCACAAUGACCAUGUUUUCCUUGCAACCAUAACUGAUCAUUCUUAGCCUGAAGACCUUGUUCUAUGCCUAAGACCACUAUAACCUUCUGUUGAAUUCUGCAGAUUUUGGUAUUCUUUUUAGCUGUAUCUUUUUCUUUUCAGCAUUUUGCAUAUAUUACUGAAAUUUGUAUCAUUUAGGUGAUCAAUGGUGUGGCAUUUUCCCAACCUUGAACUUCUUUAGUCUUCAACCAUUUAUGAUUAAUUACUUCCAGUCACUCAUUUAAGUAUGUAUACCAGGGACAGAUCGCAGUCUACAUAAAAUGAUUUAAGAUGU